AUGAAUAUAGAAGGUUCAACGAAAGGGGAAUACUCAAAAAGUGUAGUAGCAGAUUUGGCUGUUACGAUGGCUCCUCCAUUAAACGCGGGGGAGACGCCGAACAAAGCGGACAAAGCCAAGUUUGCUGCCAAGCCAAACGUGAAGUCCACUGCUCUCGAGACCAAGACAAACACCAGGAACGCUGUAGCGGUGAAAAGAGCGGUACCACCUUCCAAGACAUCAAAAGCAUGA